AUGAAUUGUUUGUCUGCCUGUCUAGACAAAGCAGCUGAAGAAGGUAAACUUCAGUAUCAUCAUCGGUGCAAAGAUAUUAAACUAACUCACCUCUGUUUUGCGGAUGACCUUCUAAUCUUCAUAGAUGGAUCGGUUUCCUCUUUGCAAAAUGUCCUCCAUGUUUUAAAAGAAUUUGAAGAAGUCUCUGGUCUAGCCAUAAGUCUCCCUAAGACCAGCUUCUUCACCUCAGGACUGUCUCAGGCUAAAAUUGAUCAGAUGGUUACUGUCACUGGACUUACUCAUGGUAAAUUACCUAUUCGAUAUCUUGGCUUACCAUUAUGUACGAAGAAGCUUAGCCUACUGGAUUGUGCGCCUCUAAUUCAAAAGGUAAAGGGUUGCUUUAACGCCUGGUCCACUAAGUCUCUCUCAUUUGCUGGCAGAUUACAGAUGUUGAACUCGGUGAUAGCUGGCAUCUCAAAUUUCUGGUGUUCUAGCUUUGUCCUGCCAAAGAAAUGUAUCAAGAUUCUGAAUUCACUCUCGAGUGCGCUUCUUUGGAAAGGCACCACCGAGGGUCAUCAUUCGGCUAUAGUGGCAUGGGAUACAGUUAUACUUGCCAAGAAGGAAGGAGGAUUGGGAAUAAGAGAUUUGUGUGUGUGGAAUAAAGCAUGUAUGAUAAAACUUAUCUGGUUGUUGUUCUUCUGCUCUGGCUCAGUCUGGGUGGCUUGGUUUCGGAGAGCAAUCUUGGCUGACAACUUAAGCAACUUCUGGACUCGCAAACCUAACAACAAAUACUCUUGGUUAGCUAAUAAAUCUGCUGAAGAUAAGGGAAGAUGUUUUUCCAUGGAUAAAGAUGAAAUUGGGAAAUGGACAAUCCUGUUAAUUCUGGACUGA